AUCCACUCACCCACCCCCCUACCUCUGUGCUCCCGCUCGCCACAAUCACCCCCCACUACCUCCAUCAGCCACCUUCCUGCUGUACGCGUGGCUCCUCCUAUCACUCGCGUGCAGUGCCGCCCGCGAAGCGCAGCUCAACGAUUCACGUCCACGCGCCCACACGCAGAAGAGACACACACAGAAGAGACACACACACAGAGAAGAGAGACACACACAGAAGAAACACACACACAGAGAAGAGAGACACACAGAAGAGACACACAAACAGAGAGACGCGGAGAGACACACACAGAAGAGACGCACACACACGAGACACACAGAAGAGAGACACAGAAGAGAGACACACACGAAACACACACACGCGAGACACACACAGAAGAGAGACACACACACACGAGACACACACACACGAGACACACACAGAGAGACGCUGAGAGACGUAGCGAGGCGCGCGCACACGUGUGCACACGCGUCCACUCGACCCAUUCAACAGCAAGGACAGAUCCGGCGAGCGAGACGUCUCAUUGCACAUCAUCACCACCACCACCAGGAGCAGCUGCAUCGUCAGGGCACCGGAGUGAAGGCUGAAGUUUGGAGCGCGUGGAGGGGUUUGCGGCGCGAAGGAUGGACAUGGCUCUGGAUUUCGCGGCUGGGUGCAUGGGAGGUGCCGCCGGAGUGGUCGUGGGGCACCCCUUCGACACGGUGAAGGUGAGGCUGCAGGUGCAGUCCGUGGAGAAGCCUCGGUACCGCGGAACAUAUCACUGCUUCUCAUCCAUUGUCAAGCAGGAGUCGGCCAUGGGUCUGUACAAGGGCAUUGGCUCGCCCAUGAUGGGUCUCACCUUCAUCAACGCCAUCGUGUUCGGAGUCCAGGGCAACGCCAUGCGCCGCCUGGGCCAGGACUCCCCGCGCAACCAGUUCCUGGCGGGCUCGGCGGCGGGCGUGAUCCAGUGCGUGAUCGCGUGCCCCAUGGAGCUCGCCAAGACGCGCAUGCAGCUGCAGGGCACGGGCGAGAAGGGCACCAAGAAGAGCUCGCGCCUCUACAAGAGCACGCUCGACUGCCUGCGCAAGAUCUACCAGCGCGAGGGCGUGCGCGGCAUCAAUCGCGGCAUGGUGUGCACGCUGCUGCGCGAGACGCCCGCCUUCGGCUUCUACUUCCUCACGUACGACGUGCUCACGCGGCACCUGGGCUGCGAGCCCGACGACCCCGGGCUCAUCCCCAAGCUGCUGUUUGCGGGCGGCAUGUCGGGCAUCGCGUCCUGGCUCUCCACGUACCCGUUCGACGUGGUGAAGUCGCGGCUGCAGGCGGACGGCGUGGGCGGGGAGAGCCGCUACGCCGGCAUCACCGAUUGCUUCCGGCAGAGCUACCGCCAGGAGGGGUGGCGCAUGUUCACUCGCGGGCUCGUGUCCACGCUCCUGCGGGCCUUUCCCGUCAACGCCGCCACCUUCGCCACCGUGACUCUCUUCCUGAGCUACAUGCGGGCGGGCGAGGGCAAGGCCGUCGACAUGGUGCAGGGAGACCCGGCUGCCGUGGUCCAGCCGACCAACUUGUAAAGGGUGGAAACCAGUGAAUAAGGAUGGCCGUGGUGGUGGUGGUGGUGAUGAUAACGAUGGAGGUGAUGGAGGUGGUGACGGUGGCGGUAAUAGAAUUAAGAACAGGAAGCCUCAUGGCGACACAAGCUCUGGUUGUGGCCUCGUGAAACAUAAGAGGAGGUGGAAAGGGAUGCAAGAAUGUAUGACCUCGAGUACUUGACCUUGUUAUUGUUACUGUAUUAGUAUUAUUAUAACAGUGCGUGCGUGUGUGCGCAUGAGUGAAUGAGCAGUUUGUCUGGGUUGGGUGAGCGACUUGUUGGACGGUUGAGCGAACGGACACAACGGAGUAAGUGGGUUUUGUUGCGUGUGUGUGUGACUCUGUGGAUGCACAUGUGGAUGGAUGUUUCACUCAGCGGAAGUUUACGCGUGGGCUACGUGUGGUCCAGAAUGUGAGAUGCAUGGUCACAAGUUUUCUAACCACCCCCCCACCCGCCCCCGUCUCAUCGGAGCGAAACACGUGGUAGGCGCUGCGCAAGGUGCCAACGUAAACAUCUCCAUGUCCUCGGAAAAUCUUGUUCAGCACUUUGAUCCUUUCACCGUCGUGGACACUGUGAUGUCUCCGGGGCCGCGUCACUCGCGAACUCUGUGCGAGGUCCCGCAGGCGGUCGGGACUCGCGCGCGUCGCGAGAUCUGUGGCCGUGGAGCGGCCGAGGGAGCUUCACCAACCGUGGCCUCCGAUUUAAGAAUCUGGAAGCUCCAUUUCCUACGUUAACAGGCACAGACAUGUCCUCCAAAAAAUAAUAAUUCAUAUAUCCUGUACAUAUAUAAAAUAUAACUAAGGGUAGACGUAUUGACUGUGUUCAUAGGCGCACUCAGCGUGCAUUGUUUUGUUGUUUUCUUGCCAUUGCUGCUUUGUUGCUGUAUAAAUAUAAAGGGUGCCUUAGCUGGGCCUUUGAAGCCCC